AUGGGACAACAGAGUGUAAAUUCUGAGGAUUCCCAGGGUUCCGAGAAUUCUCGGGUUUUGGAAUUGGCAGAGAGACUUGCUAAAUUACCUGUUACCGAUGUACACGAGUAUUUUCGUGGUUUUCGCGCUAUUCAGGAUGAACUGGAUAUGGAACAGUGUAAAAUUCAAGAAAGGGUGUGCUAUAUGCGCGAGGAUUUACCAGUUCAACUCUCACGUUUGCGGUCUUUUCGGGAAAAGUUGAUUCAUUUAAAGCAAAAGAUUCAGAAUGCUUUGAAGAACUAUCAGAAUAAUCAGGAGCAAUUGUGGGCGUCGCUUAAACAAAAUGCACCAAAUAUUCACAAUCGUUUGGUGUGUGUGGCGCAGCAAAUGGAAGAGUUGAAUUACCUUAGAGCCGCUCACAAGCUAACACUUGCCAAGUCAGAGAUCAAGAAAGCAAUAAAUGUUUCUAACUUCUUUGCUCUAUAUGACAAUAUCCAGUCUUUGAAGCAAAACACUAAUGUGGAUUCGCAGUUGGAUGAAAACGAAUCUAAAGAUAUUGAUAGAAUCAGGAAGCAAUUGCUCAGUGAAACGGAACAACUUAUUUCCGGUUCUCUCAAAGAUUUGCUGAAAAAAAUCCAUUAUCCACUUGAAGAAGCUAUUGAUCCCAAGACUCAUCAGAAGUUAAUUCAACAAAUUGCUACUUUGCUAAAAUGUAUCAGUAUUUUGGAUAACAGUAGUGUCACUGCGCACUGUGAUAGAUCGAAAUUACUGACGGAACUAGUUGCUCCAGUAGAAAGGCGAUUUCAAUAUCACUUUUUCACGGAGCAAAAAACAAAUGAUCCAUCUAAACCAGAAUGGUUUUUUACACAGAUACUCAAUUGGAUAACAGCAAAUAUCGAUCUAAUUAACGCUAUUUUCCUACAAAUUUUUAAGGAUAAAACUGAGCAAAAUGAAAUGAUGCAUGAAUAUGUGAAUAAACUGGUGAAUUUGGCACAGAAAAAAGUGCAAAAUAUUCUUAAGAAAGUACAGGACGAUCCUGAACUAUUUUCUCAUCUUAUCGAUGAAUGCGUCGCCUUCGAAAACGAGUUGAAAGAUAUUGCUUUUCCUAUACGUCCGGGUAAUGUGCUGGCCGUUUUAUGCGAAGAUAUUUAUUUACUGAAGUGGCUACAGCUCGAACGUGAGGGCUGUAUCGCAGGAGUAGAAAAUGUGCUUUGUGGAGAAGACUGCUGGAACAAUCGGUAUCAAACUUUCUCAGACAUCGACAUGCAACAAGUACCAGAAUGUACUGAUCAAUUCCUUUUGAUGAUCGAAUCAAUUACAGAACGUUAUCGCUGGAUAGAGAAUGUGGAUGUGCAGUCGCAGUUCCUGAACGUACAGAUAUUCAUGUUGGAUGAUUUCCGAUUACGCCUUGUACAUAUAUCUCAACAGCUUACCUCUCCGUGGCAAAAGCCGUUUAUUCAAAUCUUAAACUCUGCCUGGUACGUAGCUUAUGUGUUGGAUGAAUGGAAUGAAGUGGACAUAUUUAUACGUAUUCAAGCACUGGGGAAAAGAGCUCAUUUUCGAGGUGUUUUCGAAGAUGUAGCGAAUAUGUAUAGACAUUUAUGGAGGCAAAGGGCCGAAGAUCUCACAUCGGCAUUCUAUCAGCACAUCUCUGUCUCACUGAGUCGUUACCAACGCGAACAGUGGUAUUCGUGGGAUGCAAGCAAACCGUUCGAUCUGACUCCUUCAUUUUGUCCAUUUCUGCUUGAAGUGCGUCGAUUGCUAGGAAAUGUUAAUAACACUAUAUCACCUCACUCUGCUACUAAACUUUAUGAAAUGUUGAACGAAAAAGUAGCGGAAGUGUUGCUCCAAAUGGUUACAACCGUAUCACUCAAUGGGUACGGAGCUGCUCAAAUACUUUACGAUAUAAUGAACAGCCUUAUCCCUGUGCUUAACUCUCUAUACAGCCAUCAUACUAACACUAUUAAUUUGGAAACUCUCGAUGAACCGAAAUUCGUGGAAGUCAUAUCAUGCCUGAAAAUACUGUCCCAAUCUACGGGUACAGCAAUUCUCUUGUACGAGGAGCUGAAGCAAACGACGGAUGAUCUGACGCCAUCGUUACUUGAACCGUUUGAUGCAGCAACAAUAGAACGCGAACGAGCUUUAGAACUGUUAAAGCAUCGUUCGGAUUUGCAGUUAACAAGUGAUGAAGCCGUGAAAUUUUAA